GUUGCUCCGAGACCCUGACGGGAAAUCAAUCAUUUCUCGGGAUGUCAUUUCUGGCGAGGGGAUCGGGGGCGACGGGGUUGUCGAGGUUGGCUCCGACCCCACGGGCAAUUCCCAGACGGCGGAGUGUCACAGUGCGCAGAUUCACACGGAGGUCCAAGAAGGACUCAAAGUUGAAUCUCUGCGCGAAGUGACGCGGCCGCGCCCGCUUUCACAAACGGGCCAAAAGAGGGCAAGUUUGAAACUAUGCGCGAGACCAGGGCAGAGCCUCAAGAGAUUGAGGAGGAUACUGGGAUGCAAACACUGGCUGCUCAAAGGUACGCCGCGCGUGAGAGACGCGCACCGGGGGAGUGGUAUCGCGCUAACUUUGCGGAGGAACCGAAGGCAGGGGAGCACCCCAAAGGACGGGGAAGCAUCCAGAAGCGCAUAUCUAUCAGUAGGGGGGGAAGAGAGUGAACUAUGGCGGAAGUCAAUGGAUGAGGAGAUGCGGCCUUUGUUGGAGAAGCACAACCUGGGAGCUUUUUAA